GUGACGCUACCGCGUCCCCGGAGCGGGACUUGAAGGAGGGCCUCAAGCAAUCUGGGCUGAACCGGCGCGCGCCGCUGACGGGGCGGAGCCUAUAAGGAGGCCCCGAGGAUCUGGAGUAGUGGCAGUGCAGAGUGCUCGGGGUGGGAGUACGCUCCUGGAGCGUGGCUGGAGUUGUUAGAACAAGAAGCUGGUGGAGAGUUAGUGUGUGUGUGAUUAUGAUGGUCUGUGAGGUUGUGAUCCUGUGUGUAUGUGAUUGUGAUGAUGCGACAGUGAUGGGGGUGUGGUUGUGUUGAGUGUGGUGGAGUAAUUGUGAUGGGAUAUUUUUGUCAUGGUGAUGUUUGUAAUUGUCUGUGAUUUAUGAUAACGUGUGUGGUGUUGUCUCUGAUUGUCAGGUAGAUGUGCAGUGUGUGUGAGUGUGGAGGUGUUUGCAAUUGUGAUAUGUGUAGUGGUUCUUGUCUUACCACAUUUGACUUUUGUGUAGCCUUUGGCAUAAUUGGUAACCGCUUGAAAAAAUUUUCUGUAUUUGGUUUCACGUGGUCUUUCCUCCCCACUGGCUACUCUUUCUUAGUCCCCUUUGCUGCCCUUUUUUCCCCCCAGCAGUUCUUGGCCCGGUUCUGUUGCUCUCCAGUUUCCCUUGGUGAUCUUUUCCAGUUUUAUUAUUUCAUCUUCCUGUGUCUUCUUUUAUUAUAUGUAUUAGUUAUUGUAAUCAUAAUAAUGCUGCCUAACAAACCACUCUUAAACUCAGUGGCAUGAAACAGCAAGCAUUUAUUCUCCUGUUCACAGGUUUGCAGGUUCUGUGUUCAGCUUAUCUAGGCUGGGCUUGCCUGGGUGGCUGGACUGCAGAAUCGAUUGAAACCUGCUCCACGUGUGUUCUUUCUGCAGCUCAGGCUAAAAGGACAGUGGUUACCAGGACGUGUUCUUCUCCUGGUAGAUCACCAGAGUGCAAGACUGAUCAUAAAAACACCCUUAAAAACCUCUGCUCCCAAGUAUACUAAUAUUAGGUUAGCCAGAGCUAUUCAGGUGCCUCAGUGUAACAUUAAUUACACGCAGUCAGAAGGCAAGGCAGAGUUAAAUGGCAAAAAGUGUGAAUAUGUAAUCCUCUUAGAAGGGGGUGAAACAUUGGGACCAAGAUUCCAAUCUACGACAAUAAGAAACAUGCCUCUUUAUCUUGGUGAAUGUCUUUUGGUCCAUGUUCUCUUUUGUCUGAUAAUAUUGCUUUUCGUGUUUUGUUAUUGUAUUUUCCAGGAAUUUCAUUUUACAACCCCUUCCCUUUAUGUCUUUAUACUUCAGGUCUGUCUCUUGUUAAGAGCAUAUUGCUGGGCUUUUCCUCUUUUUAUCCUGUUUGACUGUUAUUUUAAUAGCCCACAGGUCCUGGCUCCACAAAGAUAAGACAGAUCUGUGAUGUGAGGAUAAAGAACAGUGAAGAGCAGAGUGGGAAAGGCCUGAAUGACAUCUCAACCUUCAGAGAUCAGCAGUAGCUGUGUGACAAUGGAGCAUUUGACCCAGAUGAUGGAAGGGACAGCUUGGUGUUCUCCAGAUUCUGCCCUUUUCAAGGAAGAAGAGGAUAUGACCAGUUCUCUUGGAACAGUAACAUUUAAGGAUGUGGCUGUGGACCUCACCCAGGAGGAAUGGCAGCAAAUGAAACCUGCUCAGAGGGACUUGUACCGUGAUGUGAUGCUGGAGAACUAUAGCAACCUAGUCACAGUGGGCUGCCAAGUCACCAAACCAGAUGUGAUCUUCAAGUUGGAGCAGGAAGAGGAGCCAUGGGUGAUAGAAGAAGAAAUGCUUGGGAGGCCCUGUCCAGAAGUUUGGGAAGAUGAUGAACAGAUCAAGGAGCAGCAGGAAACACUUGUGAGGAAAGUCACAUCCAUCUCCAAGAAAACUCUAAUUAAGGAAAAUGUCAUUGAAUGUAAAAAAGUUGCAAAAGUAUUUCCUCUGGGCUCAGACAUUGUUACUUCAAGACAAAACUUCUAUGAAUAUGACUCAUUUGAUAAGGGUUUUAAACAUAAUUUAGACUUACUUAGUUAUGAGAAAGGCUGUAUAAGAGAGAAAAAUUAUGAGUGUAAUAAGUAUGGGAAACCAUUUUACCAUUGCUCAUCACAUGUUGUAUCCCCCUUUAAGUGUAAUCAGUGUGGACAAGACUUUAAUCAUAAAUUUGACCUCAUCAGACAUGAGAGAAUUCAUGCUGGAGAGAAACUGUAUGAAUGUAAGGAAUGUGGAAAAGCUUUCAGUAGGAAGGAAAAUCUUAUUACACAUCAAAAAAUUCAUACUGGGGAAAAACCAUAUAAGUGUAAUGAAUGUGGAAAAGCUUUCAUUCAAAUGUCAAACCUUAUUAGACACCAGAGAAUUCAUACCGGAGAAAAACCUUAUGCAUGUAAGGAUUGUUGGAAGGCCUUCAGUCAGAAAUCAAAUCUCAUUGAACAUGAGAGAAUUCAUACUGGAGAAAAACCCUAUGAAUGUAAGGAAUGUGGAAAAGCCUUUAGCCAGAAGCAAAAUCUUAUUGAGCAUGAGAAAAUUCAUACUGGCGAGAAACCUUAUGCAUGUAAUGAAUGUGGUAGAGCUUUUUCUCGAAUGUCAUCUGUUAAUCUGCAUAUGAGAAGUCACACAGGGGAGAAACCCUAUAAAUGUAAUAAAUGUGGCAAAGCCUUCUCUCAAUGCUCAGUAUUUAUUAUACAUAUGAGAAGUCAUACAGGGGAGAAACCCUAUGUAUGCAGUGAAUGUGGGAAAGCCUUCUCUCAAAGCUCAUCCCUUACUGUACAUAUGAGAAAUCAUACAGCUGAGAAACCCUAUGAAUGUAAUGAAUGUGGAAAAGCCUUCAGCCGGAAAGAAAAUCUCAUUACACAUCAAAAAAUUCAUACUGGAGAGAAACCUUAUGAAUGUAAUGAAUGUGGGAAAGCUUUUAUUCAGAUGUCAAACCUCAUCCGACACCAGAGAAUUCAUACUGGUGAAAAACCCUAUGCAUGUACAGUAUGUGGGAAAGCCUUUAGUCAGAAAUCAAAUCUCACUGAACAUGAGAAAAUUCAUACUGGAGAGAAACCCUAUCAUUGUAAUCAAUGUGGAAAAGCUUUCAGUCAGAGACAAAAUCUCCUUGAACAUGAAAAAAUUCAUACUGGAGAGAAACCAUUUAAAUGUAAUGAAUGCGGCAAAGCCUUCUCUCGAAUCUCAUCCCUUACUCUUCACGUUAGAAGUCAUACAGGGGAGAAACCGUAUGAAUGUAAUAAAUGUGGAAAAGCCUUCUCUCAAUGCUCAUUACUUAUAAUACAUAUGAGAAUUCACACCGGUGAGAAACCUUUUGAAUGUAAUGAAUGCGGGAAAGCAUUCUCUCAAAGAGCAUCCCUUUCUAUACAUAAGAGAGGUCAUACAGGUGAGAAACGCCGAGUGUACUAAAUGAAUAAAGGCCUUCUCUUAAAUUCAAUCCAUGCUUUACUUAACUUUAAAAUAUCUUGGCAUAGUCUCAAAAAAUGAAAAAGGUCUUUAUGAAAAAAUUGUAAAGCUUUGUUGAAGGGCAAAAGACUUGAGUAAAUGGAGAGAAAUACGAUGGAUGUAGAUGGAAAAACCCAAUAUCAUAAAAUGUCUUUUCUCCCCAAAUUAAUCUAUGGACCUAACAUAGUUCCAAACAUCUAACAAGAAUUUUCUAGGGUCUUUACCAAAUGAUUCUAAAAUCCAUAUGAAAUAAAAGUCUAUGGAUUGCUGAGACAAUAUUGAAUAAGAACAGAGAGGACACACCUUCUACCAUAUACUACACGUAUUAUGAAGUUAUGGUCAUAUAAUAGUGUGUGGUAUUAGAACAUUAAUGGAUAAGUAAAAAGGAUUUACAGAAUAGAAUGCCUAGAAGUAAAUGAAUGAAUAUAUGCAAACUUAUAUAUAUAUAUAUUAGACAUGACAUCGUGAAUCAGUAGAAGAAUGACGGCCUAGUCAAUAAAUACAGUUGGGAGUAUUUGAAUCUCCAUAUUGGGGAAAAUAAAAUUACAUACAACCUUACAACAUAUAAAGAAAAAGAAUUCCAAAGGAUUUGAACACUGAAAUGUGAAAAGCCAAACUCUGAACUUCUUGAAAGGAAAUAACAGGAUAUUGUCUAUGACUUUGAAGCAGGGAAAUAUUUUUUAAAAGGACCCUGCCAUUCCACUUCUGGAUAUCCAUCCUAAAGAAAUUCAUAAAUAUGAAUAAAAUAUAUAUAUAUAUAUCUGAAUUGAAAACAACAUAUAUAUUGAAGGGAUAAUGGAUUAAUAAAAUGUGACAUAUUCAAAUAAUGGAAUGGUAUACAGCAGUUAAAAGAAAUGAGCUUGGUCUGUAUUGUGUAACAUGGUUGUUAUCUAAAAUAAUGUUGAGUGAAAAAAAAAAAUCAAGAUCCAGAUGAAACAUACCAUAUAAUAACAUUCAUGUAAAUUGGAGUGAAAUCAUUCACAAAGAAUAGAAUUGUUUUUAUUAUUGAAAUAUGUAUGUAAAACUAUUUUAAAUGGAUUAAAAAGGACACAUACCAAAUUAUUGAUAGUGUUGUCUCUGGCAGGAGAUUAGGAUUGAGGGUGUUGGUCAAAGGGGGCUUUUAGCUUUACUUGUAAUUUUUAUGCCUUAAAAAAAGAUGAGUAGCAUAUAAAAUAAAUCUUAAAAGUUAAUGAUACACAAUGGUGAUAUGGAUGUCUUAUCUUAAUAGUGUUUUU